GGUAGCCGCCAUCAUCAUUAACCUGCAUAUCUUCAUUUCCCCUUCUUCUUUUGUCUUCUGGACAUACGAUCAUAUCAUCUUCGUCAAGAUUCAGGAAAUACCAACCUGUGAAUUCCAUUAUUAAUUAUACUGUAUAUAAAUGAACCAGAGUUCUUUCUCGUGUUCCUGCUAAACUCUUGUCUGUGAAUUAAGUGUAUAUUACAUAUAAGAAAAUGAAGUUUGGGAAAGAAUUCGCGUCUCAAAUGGUACCAGAAUGGCAAGAAGCGUACAUGGAUUACGGAUUUCUCAAGAAACUGUUGAAAGAUAUCCAACGCUUCAACCAUCGAAACAAGCCGCACCCUGGUUCGGCAGCUGCUCUAACGCGCAAGCUCACUCUCUACAGAGCUUUCAGUGGCUUAACACUCCGGCACAACCCCAACUACCAGGCCGUCAGCCCUACCAGCUCCUCCGAUGUCGAAAACCAGACCAUCUUGGUUAACUCCGUCAAUCGGAACGGCAGCGAGAGAUACCAGACGACGUUCUUGAUGGCGGCCGACGAGGGAGGAGAGUACGAGUUUGUGUACUUCAGGAGACUGGACGAUGAGUUCAACAAGGUUGACAAGUUUUACAGGUCUAAAGUGAAGGAGGUGAUGAAUGAAGCGGAGAUCUUGAACAAGCAAAUGGAUGCUUUAAUUGCUUUUAGAAUUAAAGUUGAUAAUCCAACAGUGACUCAAUGGGAAGAAAGAUCUGCAGAGAUGACUCGUUUGGCUUCCGAGGUUCAAACUUCAACUGCAGCAUUGGCUGCUAAUGUUCCAGCUGGUGCUAGAGCUGGCAGCCGAAGAGUUUAUCACGAGCACAUGGAUGUGAUUGAUGAAGAAGCUGGGCCAAGCAGCCAUGAACAAGCAGAUGAUAGGAAGAUCAAGAGUAGUAGUAAUAAAAAUGUUGCAGAGAACCAUAAAGUUGAGGAAGAUAAGGCAAAGGGUAUUAGUAGGGCGAUAAGACCAGCUCCUUUACAAAUACUUGAACGUGUGACGAUGAACAAUACUCUGGAAACUCCUCGUUCCACCAUUAAAAAUGUUCUCAGAGUUCCUAACCAAGAAGAGCUCAAGUUCACUAAAGAUAAUCUUAAAAAAGUCCAGAAUCAACUCAAGCGUGCCUUCAUUGAAUUCUACCUCAAGCUUCGUCUUCUUAAGAGUUACAGCUUUUUGAAUACGCUAGCCUUCUCGAAAAUCAUGAAGAAAUAUGACAAGAUAACUUCAAGGAAUGCAACAAAAGCUUACAUGGAAAUGGUGGAUAACUCCUACCUCGGCAGCUCUGAUGAGAUUAACAAGCUUAUGGAGAGGGUUGAAGCUACAUUCAUCAAGCAUUUUGCAAACUCGAAUCGUAGCAAAGGCAUGAGCAUCUUAAGGCCAAAAUCAAAGAAGGAAAGACAUGGAGUAUCAUUUUCAACAGGUUUCUUCGCUGGCUGCAUUGCUUCUCUCAUUAUAGCCCUUGUCCUCAUUAUACGCGCUCGGCAUAUAUUAAACAAGCCUGGACAGGUGCUGUACAUGGAAACCAUGUUUCCUCUUUACAGCUUGUUUGGAUUCAUUGUUCUGCACAUGAUCAUGUAUGCUGCCAACAUAUACUACUGGAGGAAAUACCGAGUCAAUUACUCCUUCAUAUUUAGUUUCAAGAGAGGAACAGAGCUGGGUUACAGAGAAGUUCUUCUUCUAAGUUUCGUUCUUGGAGUAUUAGCACUAAUCUGCGUGCUUCUAAACCUUGACAUGGAGAUGGAUCCCAAAACAAAUGAUUACAAAGUCAUUACUGAACUUCUUCCUCUCAUGUUGGUUGUGCUUGUCACUGUCACACUCUUUUGCCCUUUCAAUAUCUUGUAUCGCUCAAGUCGCUUCUUUCUCCUCACAUGUCUGUUUCAUUGCAUUGCUGCUCCUCUUUAUAAGGUCACACUCCCUGAUUUUUUCUUAGCAGAUCAGCUUACUAGCCAGGUUCAAGCAUUUAGGAGCUUGGAGUUUUAUGUGUGCUAUUAUGGAUGGGGAGACUACAGACUCAGAGAAAACAAUUGCAGAAGUAACGACGUAUUCAACACUUUCCAUUUCAUAGUUGCCGUGAUUCCUUACUGGUCUCGUCUUCUCCAGUGUCUAAGGCGUCUGUUCGAAGAGAGAGAUCCGGUUCAAGGUUACAAUGGUUUGAAAUAUUUCUUGACAAUAGUAGCAGUUUGCCUCAGGACUGCUUACAGUCUUAACAAAGGGUUUGGAUGGCGAAUCAUAGCCUGGAUUUUCUCAGCCAUUGCAGCAAUUUUCUGUACUUAUUGGGACCUUGUCCAUGACUGGGGACUUUUGCAGCGACGCUCCAAGAACUUUAUGUUGAGAGACAAGCUACUUAUAUCUCACAAAACUGUAUACUAUGCUGCCAUGGUUUUGAACGUUUUGUUGAGAUUUGCAUGGCUGCAAACGGUGUUGAAUUUUCAGGUGUCUUUCCUGCACAGAGAAACGUUGGUUGCCAUUGUCGCGAGCCUGGAGAUUAUUCGUCGUGGAAUGUGGAAUUUUUUCCGAUUGGAAAACGAACACUUGAAUAACGUGGGCAAGUAUCGGGCAUUCAAAUCGGUUCCGCUGCCAUUCAAUUACGACGAAGAUGAUGAUAAAGAUGAUUAGUAUACAACUUAUCAUAGGCAUACGAGAAAUAUAACAUAGCAUACUGUUAAGUAAACAGAUUAUUUAUCUCAAAAAUAAUAAUAAUAAUAAUAUCAUAGUUACAAAGUUUGAGGAGUAGGAGAAACGAAAAGGAAGAAUGAGAAACAUAUGGAUGUAUUAAUUUGACUAGCUAACUACUAAUGAAGACAUUGAUUUUGUGUAA